CAGGACUGUCUCAGCUGUUAUUUUCGUUAAGGAGUGUGCACGUACAGCAUGCGUGCCUCAUGCACGAGCCUACUAUUGAAGCUGCCGUUACACUUUUGGCCUGAGGGGGCAAUCGCGAGCAUAAAAAUUCAAAACUCUGUAAAGUCCCUUUAACAAGGAGUGAACAAUUGUUGGGGGUCUGAAUGCUUUCCGUACCUGCUGUAGAAAUGAUGGAUGGCUCUCCGAAUGAACCUUACAUCUUAAAAUGGAUAUAGAAAAAGACUGUUAAGCUGUAAGAUAACGUAAGUUCCAUCCAUCCAUCAGGAGUUGAGUCGUGAGGGCAGCAGCCUAAACUGAGAGGCCCAGACUUCCCUCUCCACAGCCACCUGGACCAGCUCCUCUGAGGGGAUCCCUGGUCAGCCAAGAGACUAGUCCCUCCAGCGUGGUCUUCCCUCGGGUCUCCUCCUGGUUGGACGUACCCAGAAAACCUCACCAGGGAGGCAUCCAGGAGGCACCUCAACUGGCUCCUCUCAUGUGGAGGAGCAGCGGGUCUACUCUGAGCCCCUCCCAGAUAACUGAGCUUCUCAUCCUCUAAGGGAUAGCCCAGCCACCCUGCAGAGAAAACUAAUUUCAGCAAAGAUGUUAGUUGUUCCUAAAAUUUAGACUAGUUUUAAAAACUGAGCUUUUAAGAAGUUUGUUGGAAGAAAAAUGCUUUGAAAUGACAGAAUGCACUAAUAAAAGAUAAGAUAAAAUAAGUUAGUUGAAAUAAAACAGACAAACCCAUAUAAAGACAGACAGAAAUGAGCUUUUUUUUAAAAAGAGUUUUGAUGAAAAUGAGCUUGAACGAUCGGGUUGCAAUCAACACAUUUAUGAUGCUUUAGUUUUAGACUGAAGCAGCUGUACUGGAGCAAAAAUGACUGGACUCAAAGAUCAGCAGAUUGUGUCACUCAUUACCUUUUCUGCUACUGCAACGGUGAACAUUUUGCAAAUGUUUUUCCCCUGGAAGUUGAAUGAGUUUAGUCACAGACCCAAUCUUUAAAAUAUUCUUGAUGAAAGACCAACAAUGAUAACAUUUUUAAUAAAAACAGUGAAAACUGUACAAUAUUAGUGCAAAAAUGAAAAAAAAAAAACAACAACAGUAAGACUUUAUUAUCUGAUGCUGCAGACCUCUCCUCCUCUUCUUGCUCCUCCUCCUGCCUCGUCUCUACAUAUCUUUACUUUGCAGAGAGAUUUGUCCUACAAGUCACCUCCACGGUGUUUGCAGGACAUUUAACAGCUGGAAAAAGCAAUUUUGUUUGAAUUUAUACAAUAAAAAUCUGGACCAUGAAGUUACAGUUCACAGGAGCAGAGGCCUAACUGGGAGCUGUUUGGCUGAGGAAUUCAGAAUGGAUGAAGGAGCUAAAAGAGAUGAUAGAAGAACAAGAAGAACUUUCAGGAAGUUAGCCAUUCAUUUUAUAGACCUGAUUCCAUCAGUUGAAGGUUCUCUGCAUUUCUAGACAGAAGAACAUUAAAGCCUGGAGGUGCUUCACUAAGUUGUGAUGGCGGCGCCAGUUACAAAGGAGGGAAGGACUGAGGGAGGCAGAAGGUCGUCUGCAGUCAUGAGCCCACCAGAGGGUGGCUGGGGUUGGAUGAUAGUUGCUGGAUGUUUCCUGGCAACCAUCUGCAUUCGAGCCGUCACCAGAUGUGUCUCCAUGUUCUUUGUGGAGUUCCAGAUGCACUUUGAGAAGGAUUAUUCCUCCACGGCUUGGAUCCACAGCAUGAUGGACUCCACAACCAUGCUGUGUGCUCCUCUCGGUGGUUUCCUUGGCAACCGUUUAUCCUGCAGAGUGACGGUCUUCCUGGGAGGCCUCCUGUCCUCUGCUGGCUUGGUCCUCAGCUCCUUUGCCUCCAGCCUCGAAUUCCUUUACAUUUCUCUGGGAAUCAUCACAGGUCUCGGCUUUGCUCUCAGCUACACACCAGCCAUAGCAAUGGUUGGAAGGUACUUCAAUGAGAGGAAAGCUCUGGCCUAUGGCAUCGCUAUGUCUGGCAGCGGCAUUGGAACCUUCCUUCUGGCUCCUGCAGUCCAGCUGCUCAUCGAGCAUUACUCCUGGAGAGGAGCUCUGCUCAUCCUCGGAGGAUUUGUGUCCAACCUGUGUGUUUGUGGUGCUUUGAUGAGACCACUGGAGCAAAAGAGUGAAAGGGUGUGGAAUAGCAACAUGUCAAAGGUGGAGACAGCCUACAGUACUGCAGCUCUGGAAUCUGGACUGACUGAACCAACAGCUACCAACUGCGAGCAAGUCGAGCAAAAACUGCUGAAAUUACACAAUUUAAAGGACACACAGAGUGUCAUCAUGGCAAUUGGAGCAUUUAAAAGCUUCAGACAAGAAAACACAGGACUUCAGGGGAACAUGAGGCUGCUACCAAAGCUGCCUUUUAAAAGGGAGGAAGAUGUGAAAGUGGCUGAAUGCUUCUUGUUCAGCAACAAGCUGGAGACAGUGUUAGGAGAGGUGGAAGCUUUACGCCCAAUGCUUUCAAAUGACAGCAUAGUCGAAGACCUGGUGCAAAGCGUUGACCCAAACUACACAACAGCAUUUGCUAAUGUAGAAAAGCAGAUGCCAGAGUUUGCUGAAGUGAAACCAGUAGACUUUGAUGAAACCGUGUCUACUGAACCUUUGGUGAACUCCCAGUUGUUAUCCAGAGAUCAGUCCUUGUGUCUCCGGUUAAAGGAGGAGUUUGGUUUCCUUGUGAUUCCCAACUUCCUGAUUCUGUCUGUCUCCUUCCUGUUUUUGGCAUAUGGCUGUAGUGUGCCUUUAGUUUACCUGGUUCCUUACGCCUUGAGCAUAGGGGUGGAGCAUCGACACGCAGCGUUCCUCAUGUCCAUAUUUGGAAUCAGUGGAAUCGUCGGCAACAUCACCUUUGGAUGGAUAACAGACAGGAAGUGUCUGAGGCAGUAUCGCAUCCUGAGCUACAUUCUGGCGAUAGGCAUGGAGGGCUUUUGUUGUCUCUUCCUACCCUUCCUCCAUUCCUUCUCCCUGUUGGUGCCAUUUUCUUCCCUCUAUGGAUAUUUUGAUGGUGCGUAUGUAGCACUAAUACCAGUUGUGACCUCUGACAUUGUGGGCUCCACCCUUCUUACCUCUGCCUUGGGAAUGGUUUACUUCCUACAUGCUGUUCCGUAUCUGGUCAGCCCACCAAUUGGAGGUUGGCUAGUAGAUCAGACAGGAAACUAUGUAUCAUCCUUCCUUCUCAGCGGUGCUUCCUUCAUCCUCAGCUCCUCCAUUCUGCUGGCUGCUGUUUCUGCUACAUAUGUGAUGAGGGAGUGCAGAGGGGCUCGGUGUCUAAAACAAUGUGCUCCGGAUUUUUACAAAACAAAUGCUGUGACAUCAUCCAAUAUAUAACUAUUUCUUAGUUUGCUUUUAGAAAUGUUACUCUUUUGUUUAGUAACCUUUAAAAUUAAAGUUUGCAAAUGUCCUUGGACAUUUGGGACCUUCA